GUCUGAAUGGUUAAGACCUCUUAUCUGAAUUGAUCAGACAUUUGCCUCUGAAUAGUUAAGCAAUAUACUAGCUCUUAAUGGUUCAGACCUCUUACUGGUUCAGCACUUAAUGGUUCAGACCUCUUACUGGUUCAGCACUUACCCAUUCAGAAGUUGCCAAACAGCCCCUUAUUCGAGUUUAGAUUUAACAGUAGCAUAGAGCUAAAAUUCCUUCAAAGUCAAAUUAAUCCAACAAAAACAACCAAAUCAAAGAUUCAAUCUUUUUUAUCAAACAAUUCGGUCUAUGAAGCUUAACACCGGCUUUGAAAAUUCAAUGGAAUUAACCUCUGCCAAGAAUGAUUUCAUUCAAGCUCACUUUCCUUCUGCAAAGGAGGGAAAGAAAUUUGCUGCAAUCACAUAUAAGAUGGUUGUGCAGUGUUUCUUGGACAUAUGUAAAGGCUUGGACGGGGAAAAGAAGAAUGAACGCCAAGAGAUGGAGGCUGUGAAAAUGGCCACACUAUUGUUUGUUGUUGUUGUUCUCUUGGGUCUUGCUGAUCGUGACAAGUCUGCGAUUCCAAAUUGGAUUCUGGGCAUGAUUGGACAGUGGUCAGCAAUUUUAGAUUUCCACUUGGGAACCUGGGCAUUUAUGGAGUCUUUGGGGUCACUGAAGAAAGACCUAGCUGCUAAGGCCAAAUCAAUUGGAAGUGGGGCUUCAUCAACCAUGUACUAUACUAGUUUCCUGCUUCCCAUUGGGGCUCUACAGAGCAUUCUUGUUCCCGAUAGGUUUGAAGCUACUACAGAGUGGUUUUUGAACAUCCAUCCUCUAGAGACCACAUCACACACUGAGUUGGAUGAAUUUGUGGCAAAGUUAGAGGGUAGAGGGGAUGUCCACAUUCCGGUGGAGAGAAAGAGAAAAGCCUGGAAUAUCCCUUCACCAACUAGAGAUAAUUCUGUAGAGCGAAAUGAGCACAUCUUCUCCUCUCCCCAAGCAUCUCAGAGCCUUAGGGAAUCUCCUUCUAGAGUCUCCCAUUCCAACAUCCCAGCUCCAUCGUCUCCUACCCCUUACCGCACGAAGCCUUCAUCCAAUUCCUUUCAAGAACUCUUUGAGCAAAUGUCAAAGAAAAUGGAUGACAUUGCAGAAGAACAACGAAAGAGGUUUGAAGUGCUAGCGAUGACAAUCAUGGAUGAUUCUAAAGAGACUGAGGCACUCAAUCCUUCACCAUUUGAUAAGGCUGAGUCUACCCAUGAGACAAUGGGAACAGACGCUGCUGCUUCAAUGAAACCUUUGGAACCCCUUGUGCAGGAAAAGCAUCUGGAUGAGUACCUUUACAUCCUAAGAAGAUGCUUAUGUAAUGACGAUGGAGACUCGGUCAUUGCACCUUUAGAAUUCACCCACUACUUGGGCUCUUAUGCGCAUGACCCAUAUUGGCCUGUUUUGUCUGGAUCCCUUGAACAGAUUGUUGAUGGUACAUACAGCGAGGGGCCGGAAGCAUUUAAAACCAAAUUCUGGGACAAGAACACUAAGUACAUGUAUUAUUUGAAAGGCACGGGUACACAUUGGUUCUGUGUCAAGGCUGACUUUGAGAGGGGCUGCCUCGUCGUGCUUAACUCACUUACUCGGCUCUCUACGAUUGAUGAUAUGCGUCGUAAUCUGGGUGAUGAUCUUGUGGGGUUUCCAGGCAUUUCCAGCUGUAGAGAGAUUGGCAAGCACGAGUUCAUUCAAAAGCCAAAGUGGGAUUUCGAAUUAUGCCAAGUACCCCAACUGGUAAAUAGCGACUGCGACAUCUUCGCGGUAAAAAUGUUAGAGUUGGGAGCAUAACAUAAAGAUUUUAAACCUUU